AUGGUGUCCAUAGAUUCCGUCAACCCAAACCCCUCCGCCGCCGUCGAAAUGAUCUCAAGCCCUCGGACAUCAUUCUCCUUCGACUUUCUCGACGACACCAACUUCAUCUCCAUAUCUCCGGCCGCCGCCGCCGCGGUGGCGCAGAGCGUCGACUUCGAGUUCCUGUCGCCGGAAAACACCGCCGCCGCCGGAAUGACGACCGCCGACGAGUUGUUCCGCGAAGGCAAACUCCUCCCCUUCUGGCAAACUCAAUUCGCUAAAAAACUUAACGCCGUCAAUCUCGAAACGGCGGCGGGCAGUGCCGGCGGUCAGGAAACGGCGGCGGGCAAUGGCGCCGCCGGCGAGAGCAGAAUACGGUGGCUGCUCGACGACGACCCGUCGCCGCGGCCGCCGAAAUGUACGGUCUUAUGGAAAGAGCUUCUGCGGCUGAAAAAGCAACGGUCGUCGAACUUGUCGCCGUCUUCUUCCUCGUACGUCUCCGAACUGCCGCCGGAAAGUGCCGAUCGGAGAAAAUCUCCGGCGCCGGCGCCGGUGUCGGGUAAGGAGAAGAAGAGAUCUGUUGUUAAGAAGAUGCAAGGAGGUAAUGUACGGAUAAGGCCAGUUAUCAAUGUGCCGAUCUGUUCGACGAACAGUUCGCCGUUAAUGUUGCCGUCGUCGAGGAAAUUAAGGAAGACCAGAUCAGAGGUGACCGUUAAUGUCCGUACGUCGUAG